GGUAAUUUAUACGAAUACGAGAGGUGAGCAAAUAAGAGAAAGGCAAAGGGAAAGGGAAAGAUGUCGUAUCUGCUACCACACUUGCAUUCUGGAUGGGCUGUCGACCAGGCCAUUCUCGCUGAAGAAGAACGGCUCGUCAUCAUUCGCUUCGGCCAUGACUGGGAUGAAACUUGUAUGCAGAUGGAUGAAGUGUUGGCUUCAGUAGCAGAGACAAUAAAGAACUUUGCUGUGAUAUAUCUCGUAGAUAUAACAGAGGUGCCUGAUUUCAACACUAUGUAUGAGCUGUAUGACCCAUCCACAAUUAUGUUCUUUUUCAGGAACAAGCAUAUUAUGAUUGAUCUUGGCACUGGAAACAACAAUAAGAUCAACUGGGCCCUCAAAGACAAGCAGGAGUUCAUCGACAUUGUUGAGACCGUCUAUCGUGGUGCACGGAAGGGUAGGGGUCUUGUGAUUGCACCAAAGGACUACUCCACAAAGUACCGUUAUUAAUUCUUGGUGCAUGAUACUUCUGGUGGAAACUUGUCACAACUCACAGGUGCUGUAUUGAACUCGAUAGAGUCUGGGUCCUCUCCUUGGUGAUGUUCGGAAUUGAUUUAUGUUGAUAAUAAAUGUAUGUACUGUUGUUACUGUCGCCUGAAUCACCAGACGAUUAUGCUUUCUGUCUUGAUGUUUUAUGAAAAACUGUUGUCAUUUUGUUCUCAAA